AUGUUGCACGUCAUAUUUGGGAACAUAGAGGAAGUGGUUUGUUUUCACUAAGUCGAGAGAAUGCCUUAUUGAGAUUUUUGUUGGAAACUCCAAAUGCAAUUGAUAUUGAAGUGGAUUCUAGGCGUCAGUUGGAUAGUCAAUUGAAAUAUACAUGUGAAUUACUUAUUGAACAACAGGUAGCACAAUUAACAGGUGAAAUGUCAAAUUUCCUUAAAAGG